CGAUUUCCAAGAUCUGCGCCCAAAGAAGAGGAAGUCAGGAAAGAAUCAGAAAAAGAAAAGACCUCGACGCAUAGCAAAUGGAAAAUGAAGAGGAAUCAGACCGUACUCUUCUGGAAAAGGAAGCAACAGUGGUGGUAGCCCAAACAGAGAAAUUGAAGAAAUUGAACGAGGAAUACCUGAAUUCGUCACUAUUGCACACAUUGCCAAGGAUGAGGCUCCGUUGGUGGUGGAAACGACAAAGUCAUCACGUAUGACACUGAUGAACAUCCACCCGUUGAUUGCUGCCAGGUAUGUGGAAAAAGUGGGGGAAUGGCAGAUUGCCACUAAUGUAUCAUUUCAGAUUCCAAGGUUUGAGGAAGGCCAGAAUGUGGUCGAGAUCCUCCAGGAGAUGGUUAUGGCGAAAAUUCCAUUGGGCAUCUUUGAGAUUGUCCCCGGGGAAACGGACCAGGAGGAUACAGUCUCCCAAGUCGACCAGGACGAUCACCCGACACAACGCAUGGAUCAUGGGAGGCACUCCCCCUGGGCUUUCUCACCCUUGAUUGUCAAGAUGUCGGAGACAACACAACUUAGAACAGGAAUGACAUGGAGACCUUGGAUAACUGUGACAGCAGUUCCAUACAGUGUUCUAUCGGGUCCAACUAUCCCGGCGAAACUGGCGGCAGUGUCGGUUGCUCACCUCAUCUCCACAGGGAUGCUGGAUGGAGAUGAGGACCUAGAUGCAAGGGUAUACUCUAUUGAUUGGGAAAGAUUCUACAAAAGUGAUUGUUCGGAUUGUGAGUUGAAGCAGGAGAAUGAAGAUGAUGAGAAGGAAGACGUGGGGUUGGGCUUAGAUUUGGGAAAGGACAACAGUGAUAGUGAUGGACCGUACAAGAUAGAUGAUCCAGACGUAACGUCGCCCCUGGAGAAGGGACAAGACACGCCCAGACCCACUUCUGGUGACGAACCAGUGGGAAUGGACACGGGAUAGCUGCGAGGAUGGAGGAGCUCAUAAGAGUAGCGAAUAAGGGGGCGGAAUGGAAAGACUGGAAGUAUCAAGGGAUAGUUAUCCGAAGCUAGAACAUCAAUGGGUUGGGUAAUAUCGUAAACAAAGAAGACAAACUGAACGACUUAAUCAAAGGUCUGACAAUAC